UAUUUGAAAGUGAACUAAUCCUUUAAUUAAUCUUACUUCUGGAGACAAAUUUGCCCCCAAUGUAUUUGAAUACUAGUGCAGUGUCUCAAAGACUAGACUGCAAUACAAUCUGUGGAACCAAGAAAUAACAUCACUUUUACAAGUGUAACAAGUCAUAUAAACUGCCAGAGUGUGUCUAACUUUGUUAUAUAUUCUCUUAUCUUUUGAGUUCUUGAAUUCUGUUCUGACACUAAAACAUGACUUAAUGACAUAUUGUGGACUGAAUAUGACUAUAAGUCCUUCUUUAACAUUUGCAACAGGUCAAAUCUACUCAAUUCGAGGUAUCAUUCAUGUCUUUGUCAAAAACACUGUGGGACAAUUUAUGCAUCAGUUCUCACUUAUAAGGGGAAGAAGAAAUUGGACAUUAUUUUUGGUCUUCGGCCAACUUCUCUUACUAAAAAGUUUGAUUUCACUUCUGCCGGUCACCAUUAGAAGACUUCAGGACCAUGGUGUCUGCUGUACUGCUUCAAUCCGUCAUCUGGAUCUCUCUGAUAGCAACAGGUGAGCAGUAUGACAUUACUCAUAUUAUCAGCAGAAUGUGUGUUGUUCGGCAGUCGACGGUGCUCAUACCCUGCAAAUACACUCAUCCUCAACAUGAGCAGGUGAGCGCAGUGGAAUGGCUCCAUGAGAAAUCACCGGAGAAGGAGGUCAGAGUUUCUCAGGAUCCUUCGUUUGAAGGGCGCGUGGAGUUGCAGGCUGACGCGGGAAAUUGCUCGCUACUGCUGAGGGACGUGAAUGAGAGUGACGCGGGUCUCUUUCGCUUUGUGCUCAGCACUGGAUCCGGGCGAAACUGGACGAACGCUCAGGGAAUCCGUCUCGAAGUAACUGAUGCAGAGGUGGAGGUGAAGACCCAGUCUGACAAUGUGACGGAGGGAGAUUGGAUUUUGUUUAUCUGCGGUUCAUGCAUUCCCUCCAUGACUGUACCAACCUACAUCUGGAGGAAAGAUGGGCAUCUGCACAGUCAACUCCAUGGGGACAACAUGCUUGAUUUGGAGUCUGUUGGGCUGGAGGACAGAGGCCGAUAUUCCUGCACCAUGAGCGGCCAUGAGAGACUCAACUCCACAUCUGUUAACAUCACUGUUAGACCUGGAUAUUCUCCACAGAGCAUCUCAGUGUCCAUCAGUCCGUCUGGUGAAAUAGUGUCAGGAGAUUCAGUGACUCUGAACUGCAUUACUGACGCAAAACCACCUGCAGAAAUCAGCUGGUUUAAGGAGGAUGAAACCUCAGCUGUUGGAUCUGGACAGAGUUUCAGCAUCUCCAGCUUUAGCUCCAGUUUCAGUGGACGCUUCUACUGUGAGGCUCAGAAUAAAUAUGGAUCUCAGAGAUCAGCGUCUGUGUCUCUCACUGUUAAAGAAAGCAGCUGGUCUCUGAUCACAGUCACAGUGGGAAUCACUGCAGCUGUUGUCAUGACUGUGAUUGUGAUGCUGUUGAUCAGAAGGAAUCGAGUGACUCCAUCAGAAGAGCAAAAGCACAGAGGAUCACAACAACAUCAAACAGUUGAGUCUCAUGAGGACGCCUACAUGACCCUUGACCCCAAGUCCAGAUGUUCUGAAUACGACAUACUGGAUAAUAUGAAGAGAUCAUGUGACACAGACGAGCCUGAAGAUCAGGAUUCUACAUAUUAUAACAUGGGCGAAUGAUUAAUCCAAGUGCUCAUAUCAUGACAUUUUUUUCAAUUACAUUUACUGUCCUCUAUGAGAGGCAAUUAUAACAUUAGUCAGAUUUCCACCCUCUCUCUGACUUAGAAUUUAACAGUUGAUAUUUACUUCUGCACCUUUAAGAAAUGCCACUUAGAAUCUGUGUGAUGUCACAGUUGUAGAAAUUCAGAAUGAACCAAUUUUAAAGGUUAGUUUAAUCUGUUUUGUAGAAAAUCGAGUUGUGUAUGAUAGUCUGAUUUCUUUAUUUCAUGAUAACAAAAUUCUGAUUCUGUCACUAUCAUUACUUGCAUGCAGUUACAUGUAUCUUCCUCUAGAGGGCGUGUCAGGUCGGUGAGGCUGUAGAGGUGUGCAGAGACGCGCUGUCCAAGGUGCUGAUCAUUCACACAUCAACUGUUCUGCUGUUACAAAAUAAAAGAGAGGGGCAUAUAAAUUGUGAAAAUAAUAGAUUUUUUUUUUCACGUUUGAAUAUUUAUGUGGCAUAUAUAGAGUGAUUUGUUGUAUGAGGGAAUACAAGUUAUACAGAUUACAUGACAUGUCACAUGACUAACUGAUUGCUGCAUAAUUAGGCUUGUUCAACUUCAUGCAGUGCUGCACAGACCGAUCAGUGUCUGACUUAAAGCAAUGCAUGCCGGUUAGAAAUUUUGUCUGACUUGAAACAGCGCCGAGGCCAUGUGACUGUGACUUAUGUCAUGAAAGUACUGCGAGAGUGAUUCGACAGCAGCCAGUUUGGUGAGAAAUCGAGUAAUUCAAUUAUAUAAAGGUGCAGUAUGAUUUAUGUCCGCUAGAGGCCUAUUCAAAACAAAGGCGUAGCUUGAUGACGGCAAGUUUGAGCGCGGAAUCUUGGGACAUGUGGCUCCAUCUCAACAGAUGGUGGAAAAGAAUAGGGAUAGGACUCGGGCAGAAAUCAUGUUCAUGGAUGUGAUUAUUAACAUUACUGUAGUAUGAAGCAGAGCAGGAGCGAGUGUUGUGGAGCUGAACGAGGACACUGGAGCGAUUGAUCAACACACGCCUCACGAGCAACUUUUAUUAUGACACAGUCGCCGGCGCCACUUCCGCUUUUCUGGUCAUGAGUAGUAGUAGUUUAUUUGAACAUGUAAAUAAAAUAAAAAUGUGGGUAUGACUUAAUUGACAGGUGACUCCUCACACGUCCCGGAGCCUUGGAUAAAACUG